AUGCCUUCCGACCGGGCGCGGGUCCUUCCCCUGCUCGGGACGCCAAGGCCCCCGUCCCCGCCGGAAGAUCGCGAAGCCAUCGGUGAACCCGAUCCGCCUCGUACUGGGCUGUACUGUGCGUCCAGAUGGUGCGCACGGGAGCUGACGCUAGUGUCCUCUCACCUGUUCCCAGGUGUCCUCUCACCUGUUCCAGGUGUGUUUAGUCUGGAGUGCUGCUACCUAUACUUAUACAGGUAUUCUAUGUACUGUUACCUGACUUCCUUGCUGUACAGGUGUGCAAGAUCUUUUACAGGUGUGCCAUGUACUGUUCCUGAUCUGUACAUGUGUACUGUUCCUGAUCUGUACAGGUGCACUGUGUUCUGUUACCUGUUCUUACACAGGUGUCCUAUGUACUGUUACCUGUACUUAUACAUGUGUGCUAUUUACUGUUACCUGUUCCUUGCUGUACAACGGUGUGCUAUGUACUGUUACCUGUUCCUAUCGAACAGGUAUUAACUAUCCCUGUACUCAGUAAGUUCGUUUUACAAUCUCAGCAAGAACGUCUUACAAUCUUUGCCAGAAUGUCUUACAAGAAUGUCUUACAACCCCAGCAAGAACAUCCUACAAUCGCAGCAAGAACGACUUACAAUCUUUGCAAGAACGUCUUACAAGAAUGUCUUACAAUCUCAGCAAGAACAUCUUACAAUCUCAGCAAGAACAUCCUACAAUCUCAGCAAGAAGGUCUUACAAUCUCAGAAAGAACGUCUUACAAUCCCAGUAAGAAUGUCUUACAAUCUCCGCA